AUGGUUUCCGUUGAAUAUGUUGACCACGAAUUAUCAACAAACUUGGACUCUACUAAUGCAUUUGAAGGGCCAGAGAAGUUACUAGAAAUAUGGUUCUGGAAGUCAGAGUUUGACUUGCCCUCUGGUGCAGCCAUUGAUGGAAUGAGGUCUGUGCCAAUGUCCACUUGGGUGGACAUUUUGGAUUUGGUCAGUUGCAAAAUCUUGUCAAUGAAGUCGUGCAAAUUUAUGGACGCUUACCUUUUGAGUGAGUCCUCGCUAUUUGUGUUUCCGCAUAAGAUCAUCUUAAAGACAUGUGGCACCACUACUACAUUAGCAUGCUUGGAUAAACUUUUCCAAGCUACAAAGAUGCUUCUUGGCAUCUCCAGCAAACAAAUAUACCGAGUUUUCUACUCAAGAAGAUCGUUUAUGUUUCCUGAAAAGCAGGUCCAUGUUCAUAGAGACUGGAAGAGUGAAGUGGCUUUGUUGAAUGAACAUUUUGUUUCGGGAAAGUCCUAUGUAGUAGGAGACUUUGCCAGUGAUGACCAUUGGUACCUCUAUGUUGGAGGCAAUGCCAACCCUAGUGGGUGCCAAACCAGUGGACUCCACCCCAAUGGGUCCCAUCCCAAUGGGUCCCACCCCAAUGGGUCCUUGCUGGACCAAACGUUCGAGAUCUUGAUGACGGAAUUGGAUCCAAAAUGUGCAUCAACAUUCAUCUACUUGAGACAGCCCGGAGGUGAAAAAGAUUUGGGACACGAGCUUGGCUUUGAAACUAUGGUGGAAACAGAGUUGGACACUAUAUUCCAGUCUCCCACUGUAAACACCCACUUGCCGUCGCCAUCCAUAAGUGAGGAUGAACAUGAAAGCGUGGUACCAAAAAGACUGCACGUGUAUGAGUUUAUCCACGACUCCUUUGCAUUCACUCCGUGCGGAUUCUCAUCCAAUUCAAUCUGCACCAAUAUUGGCGGGGGGUACUACUAUACUUUGCAUAUCACACCAGAGUCAGGAUGGAGCUAUGCAUCUUUCGAAACCAACUACCCGUUCAACGAAACGGUGGAUGUGAUAACAGUUUUAACCAAAGUCUUGAAAACGUUUCAUCCAAAGAAAUUCUCAAUGACACUCAUCAGCGAGGUAGGCGACGACGAGCGCCAGUCGACUAGUCAAGCACUACUCCACUGCGACUUGUCGGAGCUCAACUAUAAGAGAGCAGAGAAGGCCAUUUACGACUUGAAUGAGUACAGCUUGUUGUAUAUGAACUUUAAUACAGAAAAAUGA